UCUCACACACACCUCAAACACCCGUACAAGCUCUCUCCUCCAUCCCAGUCACUCUGAGACACCUCCUCUACAGCCACACAGUACUGCCACUGAGAGAAGUGUUAUGGAAGGACCCAGGCCGGUUGUUCUGAGCGGCCCCUCAGGGGCAGGGAAGAGCACUCUUAUGAAGAUGCUACUGAGGGAUUAUGAUGGAGUCUUCGGCUUCAGCGUGUCACAUACAACACGGGACCCACGUCCAGGAGAGGUAGAUGGCAAAGAUUACCACUUCUCAAACAGGGAGGCUAUGCAGGAGGAUAUUGAUGAUGGGAAAUACAUUGAGAAUGCUGAGUUUUCCGGCAACCUGUAUGGAACAAGCAAGUCUUCUGUAGAUGACGUGAGGGCCAAGGGCCUCAUCUGCAUCUUAGAUGUGGAGAUCCAGGGAGUGAGGAACAUCAAGGAGACUGAUCUGGACCCCAUCUAUGUUUCUAUCCAGCCCCCCUCUAUUGAGAUCCUGGAAAAGCGUCUGAGGGACAGAAAUACUGAGACAGAGGAGAGUCUGCAGAAGCGUCUGGAGGCAGCGCGAGUUGACAUGGAGCUCAGCAACGAGCCAGGAGUGUUUGACGUGCUUAUAGUCAAUGAUGACUUAGAGGAGGCGUAUGACAAGUUGCAAAGUGUUCUUAUUGAGGAAAUAACGAAGGUUCAGUCGACCAAGAAAGAAAAAUGCAAUUCUGUUAUGGAAGGACCCAGGCCGGUUGUUCUGAGCGGCCCCUCAGGGGCAGGGAAGAGCACUCUGCUAAAGAAGCUGCUGAAGGACUACAAGGGAGUCUUCGGCUUCAGCGUGUCACAUACAACCCGGGAUCCACGUCCAGGAGAGGUAGAUGGCAAAGGCCUGUUCUGUCUGCCUAUGCUUCUGGGGGCUACAUUACUUCCCCUAGCAGACGUCCUAUCGUCUGUUUCAUCUGCAGAUUACCACUUCAGAAAAAGGGAGGCUAUGCAGGAGGAUAUUGACACGGGAGAAUUCAUUGAAACUGAUGAAUUUUCUGGCAACCUGUAUGGAACAAGUAAGUGUGCUGUACAGGAUGUGAGGGCCAAGGGCCUCAUUUGUAUUUUGGAUGUGGAUAUUGCGGGAGUGAGACACAUCAAGGAAUCUGACCUGGACCCCAUCUAUGUUUCAAUUCAGCCCCCCUCCAUUGAGGUCCUGGAAGAGCGUCUGAGGGGUAGAGCGACGGAGACGGAGGAAAAAAUCCAGAGCCGCCUGGAGGCAGCACGGAUUGACAUGGAGGAGUGCAACGAGCCUGGAUUGUUUGACAUUGUCAUUGUCAACGAUGACUUGGAUGAGUCCUAUGAGAAGUUGCAAAGUGUUCUUAAGGAGGAAAUAAUGAAAGUUCAGCAGGGCAUCAAGUCGUAAGGAGCUACAGUACAGUGUCCCAGUCUUCCUCUUGCCUGGUACCUUACAGGAGAUACAUAAACCAACAUUUGACACCAGCUAAUUUCGAUUUAGCCACCAAAGGAAACGUUCUGAGGGUUGCCAUAUGACGACUGUGGGGAUUUCCACAGAAACGCAUACUACCGAAUGCACCUAAGACUCAAGAAGAUGGUCUAAAACUCUUAGGUUGUUUUCCACAUUCAUUCAGUCUGUCAUUUAUGAGGAUUUUUGAGUAAGACAAAGGGACAUUUGAAAGGUACGUGUAGAGUAUACAGUCGAUACAGUUAAAAGUUAACGUCUACUUCAUACCUUACUGCCAACUGGGUUUCAGCCAUGUAGACGAAUAGAAACCACUGCCAAAGCCAAUAGACCUCCGUUAAUUCAGAGUUUUGUGGUUAUAAUCUAAAGGUUUGACAAUAUACUUAACAUGCCCCUGACUUGACAUUUGUGAUGAAUGCCCUUGACAUGUGCGAUGGCCAUCUCGCAUACAGUAUGAUGGACAAACAACCCGAGAAGUAGUAAAACAAAAGUUGUGCAUAAAACGGUGUCUUAGCUGUGAAAUGUCAUAUUAGCGGACUAGCUUUGAGGUAAACACUGCUAUGUCUUCAUCUUAAUCUAAUUAUAUUCUUAUUGGUCAAAUAGUAAAACACCAUUCUGUGUUCUGUAGUCUCAUUUUUCUCCCUUGGUUUUAAGCAAUGAUAGUGUAGUCUGAAUGAUGUUACACCAAAUGUAAGGAUGUGUAUGGUGGGGUGUUAUACUAAUUGAACAGUAUUUGUGGAUGAAUAUGUAAGGACCAAAGCACUCAACACACAGCUUUCAUAGGUCAAAUGUCAGACCUGUGGUUGUCAAUUUAACUCGCAGGUCAAUUACUGUAGCCAUCCAUCUGCAGAAAAUAAAAUGUGUGUGUCUUGUAGUGUAUACUUUUGUAUGCAAUGGAGAUAGACAAAUAAAAAGUACUUACCACUCA